UGGGACGUUACCAAGAGUAUAAAAAGAGGUAGAGUGGAUGAAUACAUCUCAGUAUUUGGCAGAAACCGAGACAGAAGAAUCAGCAAGCUGCAGUAUUGAACAGAACAAUGAAGUUCUUGGUGUUGGCUUUAACCGUCGCUCUGCUGUUGACAGCUGGUGAGACUCUUGACUGCCACCGCUGUGUCUCCAAAAAGGCCGGAGGAGCCUGUGAUCUCAGUGUAGAGACGUGUAAACCAGGGAAGGAUGCCUGCGCUGCUGCCAGCUUCCUCAGACCCCCACAUGGCGAAUACCAGAAAUGCAUGGCUCUUGAAGACUGCGAAAUGCUGAAGAUGAAUUCCUACAUCGAUAUCAACUGCUGUAUCGAAGACAUGUGCAACACCUUAUAAAAAUGUAAUGUUUAAUACAUGACAAAUAAACAUGUUUGACAAGGA